AUGUCUCAUCGUCAGGUUUACCAGUAUAUUGCGAUCCUGGUAAAUGCCCUUCACUCCAAAAAGCAGAUACUGAAAUUACAAAUCCUUUCUGGGAGUAUCUUACAACCUGGUGAUACGACUGGAUACCUCGCAGUCGAUCGAACGAAUAAGCUGAUUGUGCUUUCAUUCCGUGGCACUGUGUCUAAUGAAAAUGGACAGACAGACCUCGAAUUCCAGCAGGUUGAUGCAUCCAGACUUUGCUCGGGUUGCUAUGCUCACAAAGGAUUCUGGGAAGCUUCCCUCGGUGCCUUUGACAUUAUCAACCCGGCUCUCAAAGCAGCGAAGACUAAAUACCCGAGCUUUGAGCUGAUUGUAACUGGGCAUAGCCUUGGGGGAGCUUUAGCUACACUGGAAGCUGCUCAUUUGAAGGCAGAGGGACAUCAUCUUGAUAUGUAUACUUUCGGUGCUCCAUCAGUUGGAAAUAAAGCUCUUGCCGAGUUUAUCACCAGCCAAGGUUCGGGACAGAAAUAUCGCGUCACACAUACCGACGAUGAGGUACCAAAAGUCCUCUAUCAAGCAUCCAGGACAGUAUUACUGGAUGUUAUUGUUCCAGAAUACAGUCAAUCUUCUCCUGAAUACUGGAUAACAUCAGAUGAUGGGGUCUACCCUACGACGUCGGACAUUCAAGUUAUUCAUGGUGUCGACAAUACGACAGGUAAUUUAGGUCAGCCUGGAUUCGAUUUGACAGCCCACGGGUGGUACAUGAUAAACACAACUGCAUGCCAGCAAACCUGA